UCCCUUUUCCACCCGAAUGAUUUCGUAUUCGUCAUUCCUGCUACCUGGCGGUGUCCCAUUCAGCGGCCACAAUUUAGUGUUUGUGCCGCCCUUGAUAACACAUAGCAUGUCCUGUCGUUACCAAGCAGAGGUGCUCAGACGCAAAGAGGAUAUUAUGAUGGCAUCUCUUCAAAGUUUACAUUCAAAGAUGGAUCAACAAGAAAAGAGACUGGAGCAAAUGGAGACAGUACUAUCCGAGAAGACCUCGGAAUCUGUCAUUAAUAUUCCCCCUGUCAAGUUCGAGCACGAUUUCCUAGUCAUCCAAAGCUACGUUUCAAAGCAUCAUGCAACUACUUGGAGCGAGGUCUGGAAAGUAGGUCAAGGCCGUCCUCAGUUUGAGGCUGGGGUGCGGUUCUACAACAGCACAUUUUGGCGAAAAAUGGCUGUGUGUCUCAAGUGCUCCAGAAACAAAGGCAUCUCUGGAACGGAGGUUUUAGUCAAGGUGAAGGUCACAGCGGUGUCGAGCAGAGGAAGAGAGUGGAACGUGGAAUGGAAGAAGGAUGUGCCGAAGCUCGGGUAUUUUUCUCAUUUGAUGUGGGUAACAGGCUAUCUCUCACUCUCAGAAAUGGAGGAGAAUGGUUUUUUCGAGAACGAAACACUCCGUCUUCGUUUCGAAUUUUGGGUCUUUUAAAUGGCAGGCACAACCAGUUGCCAAUCAUGAGAGGGUUUACACUCUUUAACCCUUUCAGUGUUGGCAUGGGGUGCUUACGUAUUACAUUAUUAUUACAUGUGUUCAGACAAGACACAAUGCCAAUUGGAAAGAGAUCUAAAGAAAGAUGCAAUAAUAAUUAAUUAUGUUUCCCUUUGUUAUGAAUUCAAAAAACAAACCAACAACAACUACACAAGUUUCAAAUACGCCGUCUAUACUAUCCUCAAUAAACCUGUAGUUGAUGGCAGGGAAUCAAUUUCAGAUUUCAAGAUUUGAAAAAGAUUGAUCUGAAAGGCCUUUAGCCCAUACAUCCGGACAUUAUAAGAUAUAUAAUAUGACUCGGCAAAUACAUAAUAGAUGAUGGUGCAGCACUUCAAUAAUUUACAUAAAUUGGGGAAUCAGUCUAGGAUAUCACAAUUGAGAACAAACGUGUGGCGCUCGAGGUGAAAUUAGGCGCUCGUCAAAAAACUGAAAAUCGAACACUAAAAUGAAAGAACCAAAA